CAAAUGGCCACAGAGGGCGAAAAAAUCGACCGCGCGCCGCUGCUAACAAAGCCGACGUAGUAGCGUCACCUCGGGAUUCGUUCGUUAGUUCCAACAUUUCCCGGUAGAGGCGUCGUAAUAAGCGCAAUUUUAUUUUACAAACUUUCUCUUACAAUUACCGAAGCAUUUUCUUUUACAUAAGAACAGUGCAAAAUUAUCAUUGCUAAUUAGAUAUUGUACUCUUUGUUAGUGAGUUUAUUGUUUCUUUGCCAUUAUAAACGCAAAUAGCGUUCAGCAUCAUCGAUCUUUCACGUGACCUCUGGCCUGGAUUUAAAAUUUUUACCGGUAUUUCCGAGUGCACGGCGGCACGGAUUCAUUCGUUCGUACACUCAAGACUGGUUGCUUCUUUGUUUCUAAAACUAGUUUCUUGCGCUUCGAUGUCUCGCGUUAUUUAACUUGGGGUGAAGUUACGUGUUUGCAAGCGUACAUGUAAGCCCGGCAGUUGGGUUUCGGUCGUGAGCCAUUCGGAACAGGUCUGCAUCGAAACGGGAGCUGGAUUUUGCUGCGGCUGACAACGGCAACAACGGUGAGUCGUUUAACACCGCUGCUUGAAUCGUUAUAUAAUAUCCGUCUCAUUACCUUCCAGGCGGGCACAAGUUAACGAACUAGAUCCUGCAUUACAUAUGGGCAGUGAGGAUCUCAGUUGCUGUUUCCUAAAUAAACCUUUACUUGCGAGGCUGUCGUUUGGUUUACACACACAACCAGGAAAGAAAGAGCGAUAUCGGAACGCGCGUCUCAUUUUUCAUGUUAUUGUAGCCGUGGUUGUAGGUGACUGAGUAGCCUUAUCAAUAUACAUAUUAAACUUUUUUUUCGAGUCGGCCGGCAACGUCUUUCGUCCACCAAACCGAACAAUCCUUUGGUAAAAUGAAGUGAAAGUACAGAAUUUAAUGUAUUAAACAGUUGCAAGCAUGAUAAUUCACCCAUAUUUCGUACUUGUUGGUUCCAAAUGUUCUUGCUGUUCAGAUUGGUUUACCGUAGGGCAUUUAUUUUUGCAGUAGUGAAGCGGUGCAUCACGUUCGUGCAGAAAAAUAAUGCAUCAGUUCUAAUAGCUUCAUGACUUUCAUGCAUUUGCUUGUGGAACUAGCAGUGUGAUCACUUCUAGUGUAUAAAUGAACCCACAAAUGUUCUCAUUUGUGAUCUGAAUAGUACUUGCGCUGUUGACAUGCAUUGUAGUUAGGCAGACAUCAAUUUUAUGGACAAUAGCAAUAUUUAUUUAACAUGCUGCUUAAGCACCCUAGAAUAGACAGUGUACAUUUGCAUGUGUUCUGUAGUUGCAAAUCAUUACAACAUAUAUGUCACACCUUUUUGCAUUUCAUAUUGCAAAAAUUUGCUUUUUCAAUUUCUGAUUCAGUCAAAAUUUCUGUUCCAGACAUGCAGUAAUGAGGACGGCACCAGUAUAAAGCAACACACUCCACGCACUAAACAGAAGCCGCUGCCUGCUACAACAAGGUCAUUGUGUGGACAUUGGCUACUACUACAAGAGUCUAUGCCAAGCACAUCUUGGUCAUCACAGGAGCUCCUAUCUGCGCCAACAGGAAGAGGCUGGAGCCGAAUUUGCAAGGCUUUUACACCAAGAACAAAGAAGCACAUGCAGAAGAAUAUGAAUGAGAUAUCAAGUCUGCAGAGCACUGUGUCAAGACUGAAAACAGCUUCAGCCACCAUUCCACCAGCACGUACAUUUGGCUGAGUCAUCCAGGUAACUCAAGAAGGACUUUCUAGAAAUUCUUCAUCUUCAGAUGCACCUGCAACAUCUGACCAAGCACGGACGACGCUGGCCAAAAGAUUGAGUUCCAUCAGUUUGCCCUUAAUCAGCUUCCUAGCCAGGUUAAUUCCGUUUGUGCCAAGUGUAAUUUUCUUCUAUAAAUGCAAGCUUUCUCAUUGCCCAUUUUUGUUAGAGGUCAUUCAUCCUCAUCCAAAUAUAAAGGUCAACCGAUUCUUCGCUGAUACUUAAUACCAGUCACUGUCUAGCAGCCUAACAUAUCUGUAGCAGUAUCUUCUAGUGCAUGUUGUCAUGCGCAAUUCCUCUCCUGAAAUAGCUGAUGCAGCAUCGGCAUGCGCCUUGCAUUAACCUAUGCACAUGUGCUGUGCACCAUUUUACCUUUCUUGAUGUUUUUAGCCUUCAAUGCUUGCAGAGCAGAGUGGCUUCUCUCUUGAAUGCAAGCUUUCUCAUUUUCCAUAUUCCUAGUCUCGAUGAUUGCUCCUCUUCCUUGAUAGCCUGGGUCUUUGUGCAAGCUACAGUGAAAGUGAUUGAUUGCAGAAUCUGGUUUUGCUGCCACACUUGGUUGUGGUAACUGUGUUACGUUUCUCAGAUGUGGGGGCCUGGUCAGUUGCAUUGGUAAGCAGUCCCUCGAGGUAAGCAUUUGCUCCUGCAGUCCGCAAAGCGACAUAGACUCCCAGUAUACACACACCGUAACUGGUGCGCCCCGUUCGUUCUGGCCUGCUACAGCCAUGGGCAAAUUGUGCUUGUGGCCUACUUUGGCCAUGAUUUGCUCAAAACGGAGACCAGCAUAUGUGCUUACAUGGUUCGAAGUGUAUGAAGUUGAUAGCCGUAUGGGUGGAAAGGCCCGCAAGAAUGGCUGCCGAAGGUGAUGCCCACAAAAGCGACUUGUCCACAUUGCGACAAAGUGGGACACAAAGUGUGAGCCACACAUAGCGGCCCCCGAAAGAAAAUAAAUGUGCAGGUUGGAAAGGAGUUAACGCUAAAAUGCCGGGUAGUCCAUGUCGCUGUGUUGGUUGCGGCAGCAGAUGCCUGCGUCACCUGAUUGCUUCGCAAUGGAAGUUGCUCAUCUUCAACGGCAACUGUUGGUUCAAACAGGUGCGAGGCUCUGUCCAAUCUGUUUGUACCACAGGUUGUCGCUCGUUACCAGACCACCACAUGUGACAAAGGCAAGCAUUAUGCCUGUAAGAUGGUUCAUAGCCAAGGUAUAAUGUAUUGUCUGAACCUCAUGCGGUGACUGAUUGCUGUUUAAUUUUGCUGUUAUGUCAUUUGGUUACGGUCGCAGUUUUAUGUUUUUCGAAUAUUGCGGCCUGGUCGGUUGCACUGGGAAGCAGCCUCUCGUAGUAAGCAUUUGAUCCUGCAGUCUGCACAGCGACAUAGACUCCCAAUUUACGCACACCAUGAUUCGUGCUCCCCGUUCACCCUUUCCUGCUGCAGCCAUGGGCAAAUUGUGCCUCUGGCCUUUCUCGGCCGCGAUUAGGCAUGAACGGAGACCAGCAUAAGUGCUUACAUGGUCGGACGUGUAUGAAGUUGGGUGGAAAGGCCCGCAAAAGUGGCUGAUGAAGGUGAUGCCCACGAAAGCGACUUGUCCAUAUUGAGACAAUGUGGGACACCAAGUGUGAGCCACACAUUAGCGGCCUCCAAAAGAAAAGAAACAUGCAGCUGGAAAGGAGUCAAUGCUAAAAUGAUGGGUAAUCCAUGUCGCUGUGUAGGCUGCGUCACCCGAUUGCUUUGCACUGCAAGUUGCUCAUCUUUAACGGCGACUGUCGCCGCAAACAGGUGGAACACUCUGUCCAAUCUGUUUCUGCUGCUGUUUGUUGCUCGUUAGUAGACCACCACGUGCGACGAAGGCAGGCACUACGCCUGUAGGUAGGCAGCUCAAUGUACCCUAAGAGACCCGUGUAUGUGAAUGCUCACUGUUGCCAUAUGGUUCGUCGCCAAUGUAUAAUGUAUUGUCUGAACCUCAUGCGGUGACUGAUUGCAGUUUAAUUUUGCUGUUAUGUCACUUGGUUAUGGUUGCAGUGUUAUGUUUUUAGAAUAUUGCGGCCUGGUCGGUUGCACUGGGAAGCAGUCUCUCGAAGUAAGCAUUCGCUCCUGCAGCCUGCACAGCGACAUAGACUCCCAAUUUUCAUGCACCGUGAUUCGUGCUCCCCGUUCGCGCUUUCCUGCUGCAGCAAUGGGUAUAUUGUGCCUCUGGCCUUUCUCGGCCGCGAUUAGGCAUGAACGGAGACUAGCAUACGUGCUUACAUAGUCCGAUGCGUAUGAAGUUGAUAGCCAGAUGGUUGGAAAGGCCCGCAAAAGUAGCUCAUGGAGGCGAUGCCCACGAAAGCGACUUGUCCAUAGUGAGACAAUGUGAGACACCAAGUGUGAGCCACACAUUAGCGGCCCCCGAAAGAAAAGAAACGUGCAGGUUGGAAAGGAGUGAACGGCUAAAAUCUGGGGUAGUCCAUGUCGCUGUGUAGGCUGCGGCAGCAGAUGCCUGCGUCUCCCGAUAGCUUCGAUUUGGGCAUUUUUUACGGCGACUGUCGCUGCAAACAAGUGGCACACUCUGUCCAAUAUGUUUCCGCUGCUGGUUGUUGCUCGUUAACCUGACCACCACGUGCGACGACGACGGUGAGCCGUUUACGAGCUCGCGUCAAUGAUUCCAGCGUAUCUCGACAUGCAAAUUUUAUUUCUGCUAUUGCACGAGAAUGUACACUGCUUGUCUUCUGCCAAUAAAGUCGCGCGUUCUGUUCACUCACUUGUGGCUUGUUUGUAUGGGCGUCAGUAGAGGCUCUUGGCAAUUAGAACGCAUCAGCUACGCGGUAGCGAAGGCAUUGAGGCAUGCCGCAUAGCCUGCAGGGCAAGCACGGCGCGUACCAGCGUACGCGACCGGCAAAAAACGGCCAUAUUGAAUUUUGCUCUAAAAAAAAAAAAAUUUGCACUUCCGCUUCCGGAUUGAGCAACGUCAUCUGGCGUCCCCCAAAGUAAGUUCCAUGCGCUGCCGCUGCUUAUUUUCGAACCACGGUGGAAGCUACAGUUUCCCUUCUCUAAGUUUGUUCUUUAUUCUAUGUUGUCCCUUCUGGAUGUUCCAAAUACGCUGCCCGGCCCGACGCUCCGCCUGCAACUUCUGCAAAAAGAAAGGCCACUUUGCCGAAGUAUGCCGCUCGCAGAAGUUCAAGCAGUACAAGCUCAGCUCCGUUCACCUGCACGCCGUCGCGACGCCCACCUCGGCAAAGUUCGACGUCACCGUUGACGACUACAUGGCGCAGUUCAAGGUCGACUCCGGAGCCGAAGUAUCUGCUGUUCCCAGCGACUUUCCUACCUUGCCUGCCAAACUCGACCAAGUCGACACUCUGCUCACUGGCCCGGGAGGACAGCCACUGCGCGUGCUGGGCUCGUAUGUGGCACGACUUCAGUGGCAAAGGAAAGCAAGCUGUCAGCGCCUCUACGUGAUCCAGUCUCUCACUGUGCCUCUUCUGGGACUGCCUGCGCUCCAAGCCCUCCAAGUAGUUCGGUUUCUUGAUCAACUCAAGACUUCAAAAGCGACGCUGCACGCCGAGCUCUUCAAUGGAUUGGGCACCCUCAAGGAUGAAUACAACAUCCGGUUGAAACCCGAUGCCGUACCUUUCUCACUAAGCGUACCUCGCAGGAUCCCCAUCCCGCUGCUCGAGAUCGUCCGCCGCGAGCUGGACAAAUUGGAAAGCGCAGGCGUGAUCCGUAGGGUCGACAAGCCAACACCAUGGUGCUCGGGUCUCGUCGUCGCCCGGAAAGGCGAUGGUUCCUACCGCCUCUGCGUCGACUUAACACAACUCAAUAAGGUCGUCCUUCGUGAAAGACAUAUUCUGCCAACUGUCGAGCAAGUCCUUGGCCUCCUCGGUGAUGCAACAGUUUUUUCGAAGCUGGACGCGACCGCAAUUUUAGCUUCCACCAGGUGAAGCUCUCUGAAGACUCCCAAGAGCUUACGACAUUCAUCACCCCAUAUGGCCGAUACUGCUUCUGCCAGCUCCCCUUUGGCAUCACCUCCGCACCAGAGUACUUCCAAAAGCAGAUGGCAAGAAUCCUGGAGGGCCAAGAAGGAGUCGCCAAUAUGAUAGACAAUAUUUUGGUUUUUAGACGCACCCGCCAGGAACAUGACACCAGACUGAGCCAGGUGCUAUCUCGCCUUGCACAAGCAGGUAUCACAUUGAACCAGGACAAGUGUCGUUUUGGGGUUCCCGAGGUCUCCUUCCUCGGAGUUGUCGUCUCAGCACAGGGCAUCAGGCCAGAUCCGGGCAAGGUCGAAGCAGUCAAAGCCAUGGAAGCUCCAACGGACGUUGCUGGCGUUAGAAGACUGCUCGGAAUGGUGAACCAUCUUGCCAGGUUAUUGCCACACAUCUCGGACGUCACAGCUCCCAUCAGAGCCUUACUGAACAAGUCUGCGAGUUGGGUGUGGCAGCACGAGCAAGAGGCAGCAUUCGAGAAAAUCAAGGAACUCUUGACGUCAGACAGGUGCAUGGCCAAGUACCACCCGUCGUACGCCACUACGGUGUCUGCUGAUGCAAGCUCAUUCGGACUCGGCGCAGUUUUGCUAAAGACGCAACCCUCAGGAGAGCGCCGCCCUGUCGCGUUUGCCUCGAGGUCAAUGACCAAUACCGAGCAGCGUUACAGCCAGACUGAAAAAGAAGCUUUGGCAACGACGUGGGCUAUUCAAAGGUUCGACGAGUUCGUCCGUGGCAUCCCCUUCAAUGUCGUGACCACCUGCCACUCGUUUCGCUUCUCGGCAAGAUGGAACUGGACAUGUUGCCGCCUCGUAUUCAGAGACUACGGCUGAAGACCAUGCGAUACCAGUUCCAUAUGCUGCACGUGCCAGGAAAGCUUUGUCGCGCAUCACCUACAAGCCACCCACUCCUCUAGACACGAUCGAACUUUUUGCAGCACAGGUAGUCGGCUGCACGUCGGAAGUCUUGCCACUCAGCCCUAAAGACGUGCGACAGGCACAAGAGUCCGAUGGUGAGUGCAAAGCCCUCGCUUCCUACUGCCAGAAUGGUUGGCCUAAAAGGACCACGAUACCACUGCACCUCUCAAAGUACGCCUCUGUGGCAGACGAGCUCUCUGUCUGCGACGGAGUUCUGUUGAAAGGCGCCCGGAUAGUCAUCCCAUUGUCCCUUCGGCCAGCGGUCUUGACGCUGUUGCAUGAAGGUCAUCAGGGGGAUCAACAGGACCAAAGCCCUAGCUCGGGAGUCAGUUUGGUGGCCCAGUAUCUCGACAGACAUCGCCUCUCUCGUUGCCAACUGUGAACAGUGCGCUUCCACCCGCGUGAACUUUGCCGAGCCCCUGCUCUCCACGGCCCUACCUGGACAUCCCUGGGAGUUCCUUGGAAUGGACUUGUUCCACCUCAACGGCCAGACGUUCAUUCUGGUGGUGGACUAUUACUCAAGGUUCCCCGAGGUGGCGACCCUGAGGAGCACGACAGCUCAGGCAGUCAUUGACGCUCUCAAAUCCAUCUUUGCCCGCCAUGGAAUCCCGCAAGAAGUCAGGUCAGACAGCGGCCCACCGUUCUCGUCGCAAGAGUUCGAGGCAUUUGCAGCGUCAUAUGGCUUUAACCACAGGACCAGCAGUCCACACUACGCUCAAUCGAACGGAGAGGCGGAGAGGAUGGUGCGUACUAUCAAGGACCUGUUUCGCAAGUCAAAGGAUCCUUAUCUGGCUCUGCUCAGCUAUAGGGACACUCCGGGAGUCAACGGCUUUAGUCCAGCCCAGCUGUUGAUGGGACGUCAACUCAGAACCAGAGUCCCAAAGCAAGGCUCCCAGCUAUGUCCCAACUGGCCCCCAACGAAAGAAGUCGUCACCAAGGAUGUGACUUACAAGCAAAAGCAGGCCGACGACUACAACAGGCAUCAUGGAGCUUGAGACUUACCGCCACUCCAAACAGGUCAGCGCAUCUGGGUGCGACCUGAUCAAGUGCAGGCUACAGUCCUCAGUCCGGGGCAAAAACCAAGAAGCUACGUGGUCGAAACGGAGCGAGGUGGCACCCUACAGCGCAACCGGCAUCACCUAGUGCCUUUUGGGCCUACUGCCUCCGGAGAGGAACCACCACCACUGCAGCAAGUUCGCUGUCAGGAGCCUCGGCCUGCCAACAUCGUGGAAUCGACGGUCCCCCUCGGACAGUCUGGGCAACAGUCCCCUGCAGCCAGGGACCGCAGUGAAGGUGUGACACGAACACGUUACGGCCGGCCUAUUGUUCCGCCGCGCCACUUGAACUUGUGAAACUUUUGAUGUGUUUGGCUUCCUGAAUCUCUCCCGUCUAACCUCCAAUGCUUCAAGGGGGGAGAUGUAGAGGUCGCCACAGUUCAGCCUCCUUUGUUAGGCUGCCACCAGAGUGUGGCGCCCCCUGUGAUCUGUGUGUGUGUGUCUCUAUAUAUGUUCGGGCCCAAUAAAGAAGGGGCAUUCCCUUUUCGUCCAAGCAA